UGUAGGCAUGUUCGUACUGCCAGUUGAAAGACAGAGGCCUCAGUUGUCUUUCCUCCUCCCGCUUCCUCCUCUUCCUCCUCAUACCUGUCUGUCGUCAGUUAACACUGGGAAUGACUAGGAACAACACCAAAACACUGGUAACUAGUUAAGUUGACACAUACUUUGAGAAAGACUUGAUGCAAAGCUUGGAGACCUACAAACAGUCCAGUCCAGAAGGCAACAAGACCCUUAAAGAUGACUUUGAUGCUGUCCAGCACCUGUUCCAGUGCUGUGGAGUUCAUGGUGUGGCGGACUGGAGAGGUAACGUCCCAUUAUCCUGUUGUACCAAGGACCCCUGUAACAUCCUCCUCCAAUCCAACUGGCAAGAGGGUUGUCUCGUGAAAGUGAGGGACUGGUUUGCCAGAAACUAUCUUAGCACAGGUGCAGGUGUUGUCACAAUGUUUAUCAUACAGUUUAUUUGUCUGUCUAUCACCAUCCCUCUCUUUUGCCACUUCAGUCGACAUGGACUGGGUUACCAGUGAAAAAGGGACAACAAAACUCCACCUGCAACUUACAGCGACCUUCCACAUUCUAACAGGACAAGUUGCUUUUAUCUGUAUGAACUUCUUAUGAAUAUGUUCCGAAAACCAGAAAGGUUACCAUUUCCGGCCAUCAGGACACAAACUAAUACAAUAAAUUCAACUUAGACCUUUAGAAACUAAAAUAAAUAAAGCCUACAGGAUUUUGCCUAUUAUCAUUGGCAAACCCCCUAAUCCAUUUUUUUGUUUUCAUUCAUUUUCUUCCUGUUACAAUGAUUUGAUUUUGUGAUUGCACUUGU